CACCCAUGACAACCGGAACUAGGUUCAUCGUUGGCGGGUCACCGGGUGUGGUUAUCGAUUCUAUCUCGUAGCCGUUUUCAAAUUUAUACGAAAAACAGCUGAAUUUUUAGCGUUUUAUUCUCGCAAAUUGAGUCACGUACAAGCCAUGGAGGACACCGAGAGAGAGGAACUUGUAUACACCGCCAAGCUGGCCGAGCAGGCCGAGCGAUAUGACGACAUGGUGAAGGCGAUCAGCCAGGUGGUCAAGAAGGGUGGUGUCCUGACAGGGGAGGAGAGGAACCUGCUUUCGGUGGCCUACAAGAACGUGAUAGGUGCCCGGCGGUCGGCCUGGCGGACAAUCAGCUCGGAGGAGCAGAAAUAUACCGAUAAGAGCGAAACUAAGAAGGCCAAGAUGGCUAGGGACUAUCGCAGUGAGAUCGAAGCAGAGCUAACCGACACCUGCCAAGAGAUUCUGAAGGUAUUAGAGGAACACCUCAUCAAGAAUGCCACAGAGAGCGAAGCUAAAGUCUUCUACCGUAAAAUGAAGGGUGAUUACUACCGCUACUUGGCCGAGUUCUGUGUGGACGACAAGAGAGACGAGCAGGCUCAGAACAGUCUCCAAGCCUACAAAGACGCCAUGGAGGCUGCCGAAACGCUGAAACCCACACAUCCAAUCAAACUCGGUCUAGCCUUAAAUUUUUCCGUAUUCUACUACGAGAUCAUGAGCAAUCCGGAGGAUGCAUGCACACUGGCCAAAGAGACAUUCGACAAUGCGUUAGCAGGCCUGGAAACCGUGGAGGAAGACAACUACAAAGACUCCACGCUCAUUCUCCAGUUGCUAAGAGACAACCUCACCCUCUGGACAUCAGAGACUGAAAGCGAGGACCCAAAAGUAGAAGACAUUGAGGAUGCACAGCAAGUUUCCUAAAGUAGACUUCUCAUAUGGAUUAAUGAUGAGACUAAUUUAGUAGGCAGAAUUUACUGGGCUGUACAGGGCACCUUCCCAAAUUUAACCAGACAUUCCCAGAGCUUUGUUUCAAGGAAUUAUCAGUAAAGCACUGUGGAGUUACGACCAACCCAACAAGGGGUGCCCACCUUACAAACAACCCUAAAAAUGAGUCUUCUGCACUCUAGAGUGUUAAUAUUUACACCUGCAUCGCAGUCACUGGUCCCUAACCAUUGCCAACGUCGCUCUGCAUUGAUGGGAUACAACAAGAAUUUAAAAAAAAAAGGUUUUGGGAGCAUUUGUUGGGAUGGGGGGAGGGGGGUGUAAGUAAUGGAAAAUAUGUAGUUAUGUAUGUUCAUUAAAUAAGAAUUACAAAAACAACGGCACCCAGUGUUCUCACAAAAUGCCUUUCAAAGGGUUUGUAGUUUGUAUUUUUAUUUACGUACGCAGGGAAUAAAAAACAGCCACUUUUUGGCAUUAUUUAUGUUUUAAACUACCAGGUCAAUCCACAACCUGCCCUUAUAUAACGGCAUGGUUUUAUCAGGUGGUGGGCAAAUGUAAUCAUGGAAACAGGUACGUUCUAUGUUUUUUACUUGGUUUUAAUCAGGUGCAUAUCCUGUUUUUGCCCAUUGCAUGUUUUGCAGUUCACUGUAGACCAGCACAUAACUUUAAGUUGUUUGGGUACAAACACAGACUGACGGGCCUGUGGUGGACCCUUCGAUUGCGAACAAUCUGUAAUUAAUUGUUGCGUAAUUGAAAGACCAAGUUUGCAUAUGGCUUGUGGACCGUUUCAUUAAUGCUUCACUAUAUAAAACCACCUCAGAUAGACAUGCCAAUCAAGAACAAGUACAACAUUCUCAUUUCAGUCCUGAUGAUUUGAAAAUCACUGGCGUUUGGAAAAAGGCACACCUGGACUUUCUAGGUGUGUGAUUUUUCUAGGCGUGUGAUUCUUUGAUCCAAGCUGGGACUGAACAGUGUGGUAUAUUUUUAAAAAUAAUAUUCAUUUUGGUUUACAGUAAAGCCAUUUUCUCCUUACCGAUUUUCACAAAUUAUGCAGUAUAAUUAUGCCGCAAAGGUAUGCCGAGGUGUGCGGUAGAUGGAUUCAGAUGUGCGAUUAUUCGCACUCCUUGGGAAGCUUUUAGGCGUGUGAUGGUGUUAAAGUGCGAUCGCACGCCUCAAAUCAGAAGGACUACAUUUUGAAGGUUUGUGUACCCAAUUCUCUUGGAUAUACUUAUUUUGUUGAUUGGUUCAUAUUGUAAUCGUGACAUGACACAUUCCCCUGAUUUCUGUGAUCAAGCAACCAAACGAAUACUUCCGCAAGUUCCUGUCUAAUUAUGGAUAAAAAAAAAAUCCCUGUUCCUUUUGUGAGAACACUGCGCCAGCGUGUGUGGAGUAGGCCUUUGUGUUUCCCUGCCGAUUACAUAAAUAACCUUUUUUAUUUCUGUUUAACGGCAGCUGUAAUAUGGUGCCUAGUGUUGACGUAAGUGUGGUAAACCUAUGAUUUAUUAUUUUGAUAAAAUGUGGCAAGUAUAUUAUGAAUCUUUUUUUUUUUUUGAGUGAUGUAAUUAGUUGGUAGUGUUUUUUAUUACCGUUUGUUUCUUCCUCGUUUUGUUUUGGGGUUUUUUUUUUCUUCAGGAAGGGCAUUUUGCUGGAGGGAAGAUAUUGUGAUAAUUUUUUUUAAAUAAUUGCACUCGUGUAUUAGGAUAGAAUAUAGUCUUCUCUGUUUUUCCUUUUUAAUUAAUUUUUUAUUACAACAGUGUUUUGCAAAUACAAUGGCGUUUCUUGGCAUUUCUUUUCCAAUUUUGAUCUUGACUUCUCUACAGUCUUAAGCAUUGCUUCUGGUAUCACAAAAAAAGAAAAUGCUGCAAGAUUCUUCCCUAGCUCGUAAAUCAAAUAACGGUGUUCUUGAAAGGGUUGAAUAUCAGGCUGCUUUCCCAAUGCAUCGUAAACCAAUGCCAAAUUAUACAUACAUGUAGUUUGUUGCGUUGUAUUCCAACUAGCUGGGUGUUCUCGCUUGCAAGUUGCAACAACAACAACACAAACUGCUUGUCAAAUAUGUGCCAGCCAGUCAUAGAGCUAUAUUAAUUACUAGAUCGCUAACUCCUCAUUCUUGCGUGCGGAGACUGUUUGAAGCCGUCCUGGGUGCAGACAUUUUGAAUUCACGUGCGUGUUUGCAGAACACAAUGAAAUUCGAUGGAUUGAAUUUUAAAAGUGUACUCUAGACAACGUGCAAGUAGAACAUAAGCAAACAAAGCGCGUCAUGACGGUUUAAAAAAAACACAUCACUUUUAAUCAUCUGCAACGAAUACGCGUUGCGCUGUUUAGGAAGAGCAAAAUGAAACGCUCAUUUGCUGAUUGUGCAUUCUUAUUUUGGGCGUAUCGGCUUCGGUAACGCACCUGUAUAGAAUACAAACGCAGAUAUGCAAAUAGCCGUACAAAAGCCGUACACAAUUUUGAGUUUCCCAUAGGUUUGUGCAUAAACAUGGAUGCGCCCAGCAGGCAUCACUUUGUACACGAGUCAGCGCUCUAGUAAUUGAAUAUAGCUUAGAGAUGCAGCCAUUUCACACCAUUUCAUAUUCAAACUACACAUAAACCAGCUAUUCUUUAUAACAUCCAUUACGAUUUACAGAUUUCUACAACGAGUCUGAUUACAAUACACAUACUUUUUUUCUUAAAUGCAAAGGUACUCAGGAGGAAGACGCAGCAAACAGAGCAUUCUUAGAAUUUACCUUACAUGUAUGUGCACAUGUGGAAGAACAUGCUUUUUCUAUGCCAUGCUCGUAACAUGCCUGAUGUCUUCACAAGUCAUCUAUUGCAUUUAUUCAUAAGAGAACAAACGUACAGUUUAAAGAUACAUUGUACAAUGUACAUGACUAAAAUGUUCACGUAGCCAGUCUAUACUCUCGUAACAUGAAGACAAGCGUACUUUGCAGUGGUUCUGUAGACUCCUGGCUGAAGCCUAAAUACUGAUUGUAUUUCAUUGCUUUCAAUCAGCAUUGUUAACAUUUUCACCAACUGUACACGUUUUUCUUUUUUUUUCUUCAUUUGAAACGACAAACUGUGAGCUUAUAUGUCAUUAAAACAUGCUUGUUACUGAAAGGAAA